AUGCCAGAAACGUCUGAGGAAUCCAAGAGGAUAUCGAUCCAAGUGAGUUCCCUGUCGACUCAAUUGAUUGAAAGUAUAGGGAAACAAUCCGAUUUAGAAGAAAAAUUAAAUCAAGCCAAUCGUACAAUUACAUCACAGAAAAAAAGUUUAGAGCAAUCGCACAUGCUAGAGAAGAAAUCUAUUGAAUUGGAACAAUCAUUGACCGCGAGGACGGAAGAAGUUAACAAGUUACGUGAACGAUUAACGAGGGAAAUUAAACUUCGUGAAUCUGCUGAAAUAGAAGUAGAGAAAUUGAGCAAAGAAGUGGAGGAUUUGACAGCAACAUUAUUCGAUGAGGCCAAUAAUAUGGUUGCUGACGCAAGGAAAGAAGCACACGCGAAGGAAAUAUUAAAUUCAAGGUUAAUGGGGCAAUUACGUGAAAAGGAUAAUCUAUUAGAGACCCUGACUUUACAAUUGAAAAGUCUAAAGAAGGUGCUUCAAAACGUUGAAACUGAAAAUAAUAGAUAUUCAAUGAUACUCCCAGACUCUGCAACUAUAUCAGGCGCAUCGUUAGAUAAAGUAACAACAAGAACAUCCUCUUCGUUCUCACAACAACCAAUGAAUAACGGGAUCAUAUAUUCACCUAAUAUUUCAUCCAUUAGAUACGACUUAUCACUGUAUGAGGAAUUCUUAAAGUUCAUUGCAGUAAUACCGCAUUGUAAGUCAAUAAAGGAUACCUCAUCUGAUUCAAAGUUAAUAAGAAGAUUAAUUACCGAUGAAAUUAGCCCUGUAUUGAAAAUAGAUAACGCUAACGGAUUAGGUUGGCUAGUUAAGAAAACAUUACUAUCAACAAUGAUGGAGGGGCUAGUGAUAGUGGAACCCUUAAGUGGUAUCAAUGAAAUGUAUCAAAUGGGUCAUACUACACCACCACUUGGAAUGAAUACACAAGAAGAAGCUGAUGCUCAAAGAAAAGUACCCAAGAUGUUCAAGUUCCCUUCAAGUUCUCCACCCGUCGCCGUACGUGAUCCAUGUGCUUUCUGUGGAGAGGAAAGGAAUGACAUAAUUGAACAUGCAAGAAUGUACUUAUUGAAAACUCAAACGACGCAGGAUGAUGGUACUUUAAUUAUAGCGAACACUUAUCCAUUAUGUCAUUGGUGUUUAUUCAAAAUUAGACAAACUUGUGAGAUUUUUGCUUUCCUAAGGUCAUUAAAGACAGAUAUAUGGAAUUUAGAGAAAGUUCCAUUGAGCGCAAUAUCCAAAUACGGUUCUUCCAAAUUUUCUGAAGUGACAACAACAAAUACGAAUGGAUCAAAAAAAAAUAUUGCUGCUACUCCAAAGAGUGAAAAUAAGAAGUCCAAAAGAAUGAGUUUUAUGGCUGGUCUGGGAAGAACCCACUCAUCUAAAAUAACAGCAGCAAGAGUCGAGCCUCAUGGCAACCACAAUAAUAAUAAUACAAACAGCCCCAUUGAAAACAUUGGUCAACCGACAACAAAUAUUCAAAGGGCAUGGUUACAAUUAUGUAAGCUUCGUUCUAUUCUACAUUGGGCGCAUAUUGGUAUAUGGUCGGUAGAUGAUUCCGUAUCUACCAAGGUUGGGCCAGAAGUAUUCACCCAAGAUGAAGAAUUUACCACCAUCGAUAUGACAGCUGAAUACAUUGCUCAAGAUAUGCCUUUAGCUACGAGAAACCUAGGUGACGAGAACACCGAUGCGGAACUAGCAGCGGAUGUAGAAGCAACAGGGAACACCACAUUACAAAAUAAGGAAGAACAAAAUGAAGAUAAAGAAGCAACAUCAACUUCUGGAUCAGUUUCAGAUUCCAGCGCAGACUCAAAAUUUGGAACUCCAAAGGAAUCCUUGGAAUCUGAGACGUCUGAAGAAGAACUGCAAGAUGAAAGUAACGACGAAGGUACUAAUAGUGUAGACAUAAUCGAAAGCUACGAUAAUCAUAGUAAAGAAGGGAACGUUGAAGAUGUAACUGAAAAACAGAGCCAGAAUACCAACAGUGAACUACCAUCCGUAAGUAAUAAAACCCAAAAUGCAGAAGUGCUAGCAUAUGCGGAGGCUCCAUCCGCAGAAACAGAUAUAUCGAACGUUAGAGAAGACUCAAUCAAAAUAAAAGAAACAUAA